CAUCAUACCUCAAACCAAUUUUAUUAUUUUUCCUUCUCCCUUCUCUUUAGACCGGAGACAUUGGAUGGUGACAAGAAAGGCUUCGAGAGAACAGAAGGAACCGGCACGCAAAGUAGUUUCACAAAGCACAACAAAACAUUCCACAAGUUGUUUCCAGACAUUCCUGAGGGAGAAGACUUGAUACACGCAUACAUCUGUGCUCUGCAGAGAGAAGUGCCGUAUCAUGGUCGCCUCUACGUCACCGACACCCACGCCUGUUUUUUUUCCUCGGUUCUGCUGAAGGACACUAAGGUUGUCAUUCCGGUUUCCUCCAUCCACACGGUGAAGAAACAGAAAACGGCUCUGCUGGUACCCAACGCCUUGUCUCUUCGUACCUCAGAAGGAGAGAAGUACGUCUUUGUGUCGCUGAGGAACAGGGAAUCGUGUUACCAGCUGCUUCGCUCCGUCUGCUCUCAGAUAGAGGACGGCAGCACCAACAGUAGCCCUCUCUUUUCCUCAGGCGAAAACAGCUUUGAUAAAAGCAAACGCGUGAACUCCAGCCAGUCCAGCUUGGAUGAYAGCUUGGAUGGUUCUGAAACUCAGUCCUUACAGAACCAGCCUCUGCAGAGAGCUCACCGAGUAGAAGCAGUGCCUCAUGGAAACGGUUCAGGUUUCAGCAGUCAGCAGACUGACAGCUCAUCCACAGAGGAGCUCUCUGAGUCAGGUGGAUCGUGGAUGUGGAAUGUGACUGAAAAAGCCAAGUCUCUGCUGGUUCAGAGAGAGCUCAGCACCCUCAACACUCUUCUCUUUAUUUACUUGAUUUUGGUGGUACUGCUGCUGCUGUCUUCGGGUUACAUCGGUCUCCGUAUCGUAGCUCUAGAGGAACAGCUUACGUCCCUCGGUGCUCUGCCAGAGUUCACCUUACAGAGCGGGUAUAACAAAAACACAUAAUCCUCAGCGACGGGAGGAGAGACGGACGGACUUGUGAUUGGAAGAUGAUUUCAGCCUCUCCGCAGCUGAACCUGAAAGGCCAACUUUAACGUGCUCAGACUCUGCUCCCCAACACGGCCGGCGCUGUUACGUAGAGGAAGAGCAGCAACCUCGUGCAAUUUCAGAGUCCCUAACUUGAAACAGCUCUUCUUCCUCCAAGUGCAGUAAAUAAACGGGCGUGUUGCAGCCUCAUCACACAGAGCCAAGCCAAAUAAAUACUCACGCUGCCUGGU